GGGCCCCCCGGCCGCUGUUGUGGGGGCCCGUCGUGCCAGGCGCUGCCCGGGCUGAGAUGGGGGGGCCCAUCGUGCCAGGCGCUGCACAGACUCGGUCCCAGGCACUUUCCCUGCCAUGAAGAGCUCCGGGUCUGACCCGGCCAAGGCAGCUCAUUCUCCCGCACGUGACUGGAGGGGAAACUGAGUCCACGGAGAGGCCAGGACUUCCCACAGGCGCGGAGAGAGACCGGCCGGAAAGCCAUGCUGUCAGCACAGGAAGCCAGUCUCCCGCAGCGGAAGUAAAGGAGGCGAAGCAGCCUGGACAGCCCCGGCCCCUCCUGUCACCCGAGGAAGCCAGCAACGCGGAACGAGCCGCCCAGAAGGAGAAGCUCCAUGCAGAACUGAAGCGGGUCUUGCAGCGGAAAGGCGAGAGCCAGCCCAGCACCACGGAGCCAGAGACGCCGCCCGCCCCCGCCAUGGAGACCCAGACCAGGGUGACGGAGGAGGAAGCGAAGAUGUCGGAGCUGGUGGAGAUCAUCCUGGAGACGGAGGCCAGGGCUGGGGCCAGCGGGAUCAGCGUGGCUGGCGGGGGCAAGGAGGGGCUCUUCGUCUCCGACGUGCUGAGGGAGUCCCCCGCGGCCAAGGCCCUGAGCCUCAAAGAAGGUGACCAGCUCCUGAGCGCCAGGGUUUUCUUUGAGAACGUCCGGUACGAAGAUGCCCUGAGGAUCCUGAAAUGCGCGGAGCCGUACAAGGUCUCCUUCUGCCUGAAACGCUCCGUUCCCCGCUCGGAUGUCCCCGGGAGCCCUGCAGCCGGUGGCCUGGAAGUGAAGGGACCCCAGGCGAAGAUGGCCAAGCUGAACAUAAAGAGCCUGGUGCCCAUGAGAAAGCAGAAGGGGAAGGGCUUGACGAAGGCCCCGGAGGAGGAGGUGGCCCUGACGGGCAGCGCGGAGCUGUCGGCGGGGAAGCUGGACGUGGCUCCUGUGGACGUGGAAUUCUCCUUUCCCAAGUUCGCCAAGCUAAGGAAGGCCAAGGGCGCGGCCGGGCCCAGCCCAGACCUCUCCGCUGAGCUCUCCUCUUCGCGCACCAAGGGGAGGAGGCUCAGGUUCCCCAGGCUGAAGGUGAAGGAGGCUGCAGGCGUGCAGGCGUUGGCUGUGGCAGGGACACUGGAAGCAGCCUGGCCCAAGGGGCGCGUGGAAGGGGAGGCAGGUGUCCAGGGGAAGGCUCCCCAGUUCACAGCCCCAUUCCCCAAGGUGAAAAAGCCCAAGGAGGAUGCUGGGCUUGCGGAGGUUGAGCUCAAGGACCAAAUCAAGUUCAAGGCCCCCGAGGUUGAACUGGACAUUCCCAUCCUUGAUCUCAAAGCCCCCAAAGUUGCAGCUGGAGUGGAGAUCCCGGAGAUCUCGGGCAAAGGGGAGGCCUUGCGGAUCAAGCUGCCGAAGUUCGGGGCAUCCGCCAGGCCUGCGGAGGGGGAAAUCGAGGUGGAGGGACUGGAGGGGAAGCUGAAGGUGCCCAAAGUCCAAGUGCCCCGGGUUGGGAUUUCUCUGCCGAUGGCAGGCAGGGAAGCAGAGGGGCCAGAGGAAGAGCUCAGAGCUGGCAUCAAACUCCCCUCGGUGGAAAUAGCAGCACCCAAAGUAGAGGUGGAUUUGAGCCUUCCCAAAGUGGAAGGAGCCCUGGAAGCCCCAGACGUCAGUGCCAAAGGGGAGGGCUUGAAAAUAAAAAUGACCAAGUUUGGCGCAUCUACAGAGGAAGGCACACUGAAAACGCCUGCCAUCCCGGCCCCCAAGCUCAGCACCUCUCUGCCCAGCGACAAAGGGGAGGCCGAGGGGCCAGCCGGGAGGUACAAAGCUGGCAUGAAGCUCCCAUCCCUUAACAUAGGGGUGCGGCAGGUGGACGUUGAGAUCCCCCUUCCCAGGGGGAAGGCAGAUGCAGAACGGGAAGCAGAGCCUGCUGAAGCCACACUGGAGCUCCCCGACGUGACUGUGAAGAUCCCCAAGAUCAGCCUGCCCACGCAUGGGGGCAAAGCCAAAGAGGAGGAGGAGGCAGAGAAGGAGUUCAAGGUGCCCCAGGUGGAAAUAAAAGUGGGGAAGGCAGAGGGGGAGAGCCCCGAGUUGAAGACAAAAGGUCCCAAGAUUAAGAUGCCGAGCUUUGGAAUCUCCCUGUGGGAACACAAGCCCGAUGCGGACACCAAAGCGAAAGAGCCUGCCCCCGAAGGGAAGGUGAAAUUCCCUGGGGUGAAGAUGCCCUCCAUCGACAUCUCUGUCCCCAAAGCUGCCGACGUGCAGCUGCCUAAAGCGAAGAUGGAACCAGCUGGGCUAGCUGGUGAGGGGAGGGUGAAAGCCUCUGACGGGGAUGGUGCUGAGGGUCCUGAGUUCAAAUUCAAAAUGCCACAGGUGUCGCUUCCAAAAUUUGACCUCUCUGGCAUGGCCGGGAAAGCCGAGAGCAAGGACCACGUGCCUUCGCCCAAAGCCCCACACCUGGAGGCCGAUAUUGGGCGCCUGGAAAUCGCGGCUGGGAAGAUAAGUGUGCCCACGCUGGAUAUCUCUGUGCCGGGGAUUAAGCUGGUUGACGUGGAGCUGCCAGAGGCCUCUUUGCGAAAGCCUGAGCUUGAGAUAGCUGUCGAGAAGCCGAAGAUUGAGGUGAGGCUGCCCGCGGGGAAACCUGAGGGGAGGAAGCUGGAGUCAGGGCUGGAAACGGCCCAAGCCAGGCUGAGUUUCCCGUCGGUGAAGAUGCCGUCGGUGGACAUCGACAUGCCCAAAGUAGGCGUUGACCUGGACCUGCCGAAGGCAAAGCCUGGCUUCGAGGGGGAGCUCAGGGCAGCGGCAGGCCUGAAGGAACAUGACCUCCAGCUGCAAAAGCCCCAGGAGCCUCUCCUGAAGUUCGGGGCUGUCUGCAAGGACUUGGAGGUGGAGAUCGAUGUGCCGGCUCCCAAAGCCAAGGCUGACCGCCCCACGCCACAAACAGAGGUUGAGCUCCAGGGUGCAGCCUUUGAAGGCCCAGAUCUAAGUGGGAUGGUGGCGAAGAUCCCCAAGGUGGAUAUUUCGUUUGGGAAAGAGAAGCUGGAGGGUGAGGAACUGGAGAGAGCGGGGCUGGAAGGGAAGGGCAAAGCGGAUAUGAAGUUCCCAAAGGUCGGCCUAGAACUCAAAAGCCCCGAAGUGAAGCCCGGGAGCCUGGAGGCCACAGUGAAGCUGCCCUCCGUUGAAAUUUCAACACCUAAGCUCCCCGAGGUGGCCAUCGAGACCCUGCUGGGGGGAACAGCCGCUGUCGACAUCAGCGGAAAACUGCUGGAGACUGAUACCAAGCUGAAAUCGCCCAAAUUCUCUUUCCCCAAAUUUGGCAUCUCUGGCCCAAAGGUUAAGAAAGGAGGCCUGGAGGCUGCCACGCUACAAACUGAGCUGGAGGCGGAAACCCUGGAAGCAAGUGCCAAAGGGCCUAAGCUGAAGAUGCCAAAAUUUGGGCUCUCGUUCUCCAGGUCGAAGCAGGGGGACGACGUGGAUGGGCCCAGGCACUCUGCGGAGGGAGAGGGGAAGGCUCCCAAGGGGAAGGUGGAGAUCUCAGGGCCUCACGUCGACUUGGACUCCUCCGAAGCCAAAGUGAAGCUGCCUUCAGUGAAACUUCCCACAGUUGACAUCUCCAGCCCCAAAGUGGAUGUGGACAUUGACUUGCCCAAGGGAAAGGGGGACAUCUCAGGGGAAGGGGUCACACAGGCUGGGGAAACAUCACCUAACAUCAGCAUCGAGGUCCCAGACAUUAAGCUGAAGAUGCCAAAAUUUUCACUGCCAAAAUUUGGGGGCCAGGGCAGGGAGGAGGAGCUGGAACUGGAACAAGAGACCCUCAAGGGGGAAUUGAAAGGGAGCGCUGAGGCCUUGUCCGGAGAGCUGGAUGGGAAAGCAAAGGGCAAGGAGGCCAAGAUGAAGAUGCCCAGGUUCAAAAUGCCAUCAUUUGGCAUUGCCAGGAAGGAUGUGGAGGUGCCUGGGCCCAGUGUGACAGCUCCUGAGAGUGACGUGAAAGGCAAGAAGGGGAAAACAGCUGCCAAAGAGCCCGACAUGGCUGCUGGGAGCCCAGAGGAGAAGCUAAAAGGCCCCUUCAUGAAGAUGCCAAAACUGACGAUCUCUUCUCCCAAGGCUGACCUGAAAGCAGAAGCUGAUGUGAGAGGCUCCAAAGAUGAAAGUUAUAUCCAAGGCCCUGACAUAGAAAUUAAAAUGCCCCAGGUUGAGCUGCCAAAGUUUGGAACCAAAGAGGAGAAAGCUGAUGUGGAGGUGUCCAAGAGACCGGAAAGCCCUGGCACCAACCUAAAAGUGGGCACUGUUAAGAUGCCAUCACUAGAGAUCUCCGCACCUGCCCAAGUUCCUUCCUUGCAAAUCUCCGUUCCCGGUGUAAAAGCAGAAGGGGAGCUGUCGGUGGGAAAGCCAGUCAUGGACAUCUCCGAGGCUGACAUCAGGGGGUACGAAGGAAACCUGAAAAUCCCCAAAGCACCUUCCAUUGGCAUCUCUGCACCAAAGCUAGACUUGGAUAUCAACUUGCCGAAAGUCAGUGUGGAGAUGCUGGGCCAGCAUGAGGCUGGGCUGAAAAUAGAGGGGGAUGCCACCUUUGAGAAACCAGACACCAAAAUUAAGAUGCCCAAGGUGGAGCUGCCCAAAUAUGGGCAGGAGGGUUUCCUGGGGAAAGACUUGGAUAGAGAGCUAAGUGGUGCCAAGGCGGAGAUGCACCUCCUCCAAGGACAAAAGCUGAAAGAGCCUUCCAUAAACGGCCAGAAAGUCACCCUGGAGAUGGAAGGGGGCAAAUAUGCAGCUGGUGUUACUGAAGCCUCCCUGCUGGGUUCCAAGGUCCGGAUGCCCAAACUGGAUAUUUCCUUGCCCAAAGCCAGGCUGUCGGAGGUGGAGUUACCUCUGGCCGAGGGGGAGAUCACCAUCGAGGAACUGGAGGAAGCCGAGGGGAAAUUUAAGCUACCAUCGGUUGGGCUACCUAAAUUUUCUACCCCGAAGGUGAAAGCUCCAGAGGUGGGAUUUGAUGUUGGCUUAAGCAGAGAUCGAGACUUUGCUCUGGACAUGUCAGGGCUGCACGGGAAGGUGCCCAAAGUCGAAGUGAGUGGCCCAAAGAUUAAGCUGCCUAAAUUCGGGGGAGUCAGUUCUAAUGACCAAUGGGAGGCAGAUACAGACUCAUCCAAGACCCCCAAGGUGGAGCUUAACCCCCCCAAACUCCGGGGGAGCCUCGAGACCCCAGGCAGCGAAGUGGGGGUGAAAGAGGCCAAGCUCAAAAUGCCAUUGGUUCCCAUUGGCUUCACCGUGGGCAAGGGAGAGGGGGAGAGCUCCCCCAGGGCAGAGGACUCUGAGAUGGAUGGUUACGACAGCAAGUUCAAACUGAAGAUGCCCUCAUUCGGGAUUUCCAAAGUUGGCACAGAGGCCAAGGGGGACGAGUCCAGGACGGACACCCAGCCCCUCUGCCCCACAGCAGAGGGAACGGACUUCUCCUUUAAAAUGCCCCAGCUUGCCAUUCCGGACGUGGGGUUCUCGGCAGGCCCAGGGGAAGCUCCAGCUUUGGUGGGGGGGAAAGCCGAGAUGGGUGGAGACGCCAGGGCCAGGGUCGAGAAAUCGGCAGGUGCUGAAGAUCUGGAGCGGGACGCGGGAGGGUUAGAGAUCAGGCUCAAGAUGCCCCAAAUCAAGAUGUCGCCAUUCGGGAUUUCAGGAUCCAACGGGGAUGAGGGGAAUAUGACGGCAUCUCUCCAUAGCCACAAGGGGUCAGACAGGGAGCAGAUGGGGGGGAAGAAAUCCCUGUUCAAAAUGCCGGACCUGGAGAUCUCCGCCCCGAGCAUCAAGGCGCACGCAGAGUAUGAAGUUGACGGGGCUCAGCUCCACCACAGUGACUCCAAAGAGCUGCCGAGAACCAGGGCCGCUGGCAUCCGAGAUGAGAAGGGUGGUGGCGUCAAGGCUCCAGGAGCGAAGGGGGACACUUCUGAAGCCGAGGCAGGGAAGAAGUAUAAAAUGAAGCUGCCCAAGUUUGGGAUCGCCCUGCCCAAAGCCACCCAGGAAGGAGGAGAAGGGGACCUUUCUAGGGAGGAAAGCAAGGCCCAGGAGGCUGAAGCCAAGGUGAAGAUGGCCAAGGUGAAGAAGGCGGUAUUUGUGCUGGUGAAGCCCAAGGGGAAGGGGGUGGAAGCAUCCUCUGGGCUCUUGGAAGGAGAUGGCGAAGCUGCUGCUGGCUUCUUGGAAGGGGAUGGGGGCAGCAAGGCGAAGGUGCCUAAAAUAAAGCUGAAGCCCAACUUUGGGCUCUCCCUCUCCAAACCCAAAGCUGGGGUGGAAGUCAAUGGGGAGCUAGAGCCCCCGGCCCAGGAGGUAGGGGAGCUGGAGAAAGGCUCCAAGCUGAAGCUGCCCAAGCUGGGCUUCUCCAAGACGGAGGUCACGGACCUGGUCACCAGCGGGAAGGUGUCAGCAUCUAAGCUCAACGGGGAGGAGGGCGAACUUUCCCUGCAGAAUGGCUCCCAGGACAGCAAGGCAAAGCUGGGCAAGAUUAAGCUGCCCCAAGUUGAAUUCUCCUCCCCGUAUAAGGCGGCGGAGAUGGACCCUGAAAUGAACCUCAAGCUGGUGAGGGCAGAAGAGGCCAAGGAUGAGGCUCAUGGCAGCACCUUCAUGGCUCUCAAGGCGGCCAAGUUCAAGUCCCCCAAGAUCACGUUCUCAGGUUUCAAGAAGAAGGAAGGGGAACAAGCUGGGAACGUGGUCUCUUCAGCUGCCAGGACAGAGAUGGCCUUGUUGGAAAAGGGGGAGAGGGAUCGAGAUGCCAAGCCAGAGACAUCCAAGAUCUCGCUGGGCUUCACCUCCAAGUCGAAGGGGGAAUACAAUGUGGAGAGAGGCGAGCUGGAUGGCAGAGAGAAAUCCCCCAAGUUCAAGUUCCCCAAGCUGGCCCUGAGCCCCAAAACCAGAGGGGAGCUAGAAGUCACUUCCGAGCAGCUGGAGAGAGGGGGCUCCUCCCAGUGGGAAGGAGAGAAGGGGACAGGGGUGCUGGAGGGAGUCAAGAUUCGGACGCCCAAGCUGGGUUUCUCCACUCAGCUGGAGGAGCAGAUCCCGGAGGAGGGAGUUAAGCCGAUCAAGGGCGAGAUGAUGGUGGGGAAAUCGUCCCCCAUCUGAGGCUGGGCUGGGGCAGGGAAAGCAGAGACUUGAACAGCCCCCCCCCCCCCCCCCCCCCCCCCCCCCCCCCCCGCGUUGGGAGUUUCGCAGGCUGGCAUCUGUACAGUUCUGUGCCUGUGUGUGACAGAUGCACUAACCACAAGAUGAGCUUUCAAGCCACAGCGUGGGCUGGGGGUGGAAAUGGGGCUAGGGGGGACCCAGCUGUUCUAAUAACCAGCCCCAGUGUGGGCUCUCCCCUGCUCUGACUCCUCCCUGAUGGGGGCCAAGUGGAUCUUCUUGGGGCAAGACUUUUUUAAAAAAAUUUUGUUGGAAAUAAUGUGAAUAAAUAACCAAGCUCCACUUAGUAUUUUUUACCGUUUUCCCAGUUUAAUAAACAGCCCCUUUGACCUGGUCCAGCUCAGGCCCGGUCCCCCCCAAGGCUCUGCCUCGCGUGGGGGCUCGCGGGCUCUGACUGCACUAAGGGGCUCCGAAUGAUUUGGGUUUUUUUAACUUAGGCUUUAACUCUGUUUCUCGGGGUGGCUGUUCCGUUCACACUUUUAAAUUAAGACGCUUGCAAACUAAUGGUCAGUAAGAUAACGGUAGGAGAUGAAAGCAGUCGUUUCUUUUCAACCGCAGACCAGUGCCUUCUUACUAGCAUAAUGCUAAGCUCAGAGAAAGGAGUCGAUUGGAAGAGGAAAGAUAAUGUGAAAUUUAAAACGCAGCUCACUCUGUACUGCGCAGCUUGUUCGUAUUCUAGUAACGGGGGUAAGGAAUUUCCAAGAAAGGAGCAAGGAAACGGCAGGGGGUCGACUCUGUUACACUGCUCCAGCGGUAGGAAGGGGCCUUCGUGGAAAUCGGGUUCCUGCGUUUUAAUGAGUGAUUCUAGAUGGGGAGAAAGCUGGGGUUUGAUCCCGUGAGCUCUGAAAAGCCUGGCCGGGCCAGCUCCACUCUGUUUACCCUGAAAUUCCUAACCUCUGGCUGCCCUUUUCAUCAACACAAAUAGCAGCUGAGUCCAAAGGGUUCCUCCUUGGAAGGUGGUUUAAAAAUAACUGGUGUGUUCUCUCCCAGCGUGGGAGCAAAGAAGAGCCUUCUCAGGCAGGGCAGGGCUGUUGAAACUGCUACGGGUUGUGGAUUUAUCACAGGUUCCCACACCCAGCCCCACUGGUGGGGCUCUGUUAACCAAAGCAAAGAGGAGACAUUUCCCUUGGGCAGGGGGACGGUCAGGGUUGCAACAGGCCAUGGUCUCAGACCCCUCACUUGUUUUUUGAGCACCUUCCAAAUAGGAAAGAGACCAGGAACCUCUGCUGAUGACUGGAAAGGCCUCCAUGAGACAUGCUUAGAGCCAAGGGCCAAUGAGCCGUCACACUCCUGUCGUCUGUAGUCCCCUCUUAGCCACCGCUGCAUGUGUGAUCUCCGGAGAGCCCCUCCCCAGCAUUAUUACUGGGGAGAUCAGGACUGUCCCGGCCCUAAAGAGCUUGCAAUUUACAUGGAUGAGACAGUUAGAGAGAGGCUGAUUAUCCAUACUUCAGGCCCAGAGAGAUGCAGUGACUUGCCCAAGGUCUCCCAGGGAGUCAGUGGCAGAGCUGGGAAAUGAACCCAGGUGUUCUGAGGCCUAGAACAGUGCCUUACUCACACAAUUGUGCCCUUCCCCUACAGCACAAUCCCAUCCCAGUGCCUCGGUCAGCCCAGGGGAACAAACAGGGAGCUCAUUAAACAUCAUGGGGCUUUGAAUGUUCCUAUUUACAUUUUCCCCAAAAGAAAGGAUUGAAUACGCCCCCCACUGGUAGUUUGAUUUCUAGCUGUUGUCUUUGUGGGGGUGGGAGUCUGUCCAGAAAUUCCUCUGUUUGCUUCUGGGGGCAAAUGUGUACAUACAGUAGACCCUCAGAGUUACGAACACCGCAGGAAUGGAGGUUGUUCGUAAUGCUGAACAAAAUGUUAAGGUUCUUUCAAAAGUUUACAACUGAAUGUUGACUUAAUACAGCUUUGAAAUUUUUCUAUGCAGAAGAAAAGAGGGUUUAAAGCAGCAUUUAAUUUAAAUGUACCAAGCACAGAAACAGUUUCCUUGUCAAACUUCCCCUUUAUUUUUUUGGUAGUUUACAUUUAACACCGUACUGUACUGUACAGUAUUUGCUGGUUUUUGGUCUCUGCUGCCUGAUUGCGUGCUUCCCCAUGAGGUGUGUGGCUGACUGGUCAGCGUGUAACUCUGGUGUUCGUAACUCUGAGGUUCUACUGUAGAUUCUAUUGCUUAACGAAGCCAUAACCCACCUGAGCCUCGGUGUUCCGGCAGCAGAUUUAGCUUGUAUUUAACGGGAGCGAUUGCAGUCCAUGGGUGGGUUGGUGUGUUAAGCACACCAGAUGUCAUUGCCAUGGACUGGAAGGGUAGCUUGGUUUUCGUUAUGAUAAAUGCAGAAUAGAAGUAACAGGGCAGAGGACAGGCCCUCGUUUGCAGUCACAUUGUAUUUCCUGCCUUGUAACUAAUGUGUAACUGUGUGAUGAGGGGAAUAAGGGGGUGGGAGUUUGGGUGCCUUUUCAUAGCUAAUCGUGUAUUAUCUCAUAUACAGCAUACCUGCCAAGAGAUAAACCUUGAUCUUACUUAAUGAACUGUGUUGCUUUGACCUCUUUUACUGAAGAUAUGUGUAUGAUUAUUGGCAUUUUAUUUUCAAGAUUGUCUGACCCGAUGACCGGAAAAGAGAUUUUUUUUUAAAAAGGCGGAUUACACAGAACCCCCACCCCACGCUCGUGCCAGCUUCCUGAAGGCGGGGAUGGAGCGCUAAGCUCGCUCCGGGGGGCUGCAGAGCCAGCUCCCUAGCUGUGGAGCAUUUGGAAACGUGGCCAGAAGUGUUGCCCUAGGAGGUGCUGGGUGCUUUUGGAUCCUGGCAGCCUGGAUGUCGUAGUCUGACUGACUGCACCCGCACAGGCUCCCUGGGGGUGAAAUCCACCCUGCUGCCAAGAAGCCAGCACAAGGCCUGCGUACUACUUUUCAGCCCAAAGGCUGAAGCAGGAUCUAAGUGGUACCUAGGCCUUGUGGGCAUAGCAUCCCACUCCAGUCUAGAGCUCCACCCACGUCCCCUUCAGUGAUCUCUGCUGUGUCCAGACCAACACAGACACCAGAACAAGGCUCCCAGGGCGAGAACUACCUUCCCCCAAACACAUGCUCGUGGGUUCCUUCCCCUUUCUCUCUGCCCAGGAGACAAACAGGCAGCCCUGCUGGGAUGUGCAUUGGGCCUGAUUCUCUGCUGCCCUGGCUUCAAAUGGAUGCAAAACACUACUCAGUGAAGCCGGUAACAAUUCGCUCCCACUUCGCAUUGGUGCAAAUCCCUGCAAGGGGCAGGGGUAAUGGGGCCCCUCGGUAUCAUUUACACCAGGGUAGAAUUUAACCCACUCUCUUUAAACUUGUCCACGGCAGCAAGCGGAUGAGCAGGAAUUAGCUGCUGUGUGUGUGUCAGCUUCCCUUUGAAGGGGCUGUCUUUAGCCAAAACCAUUGCCAUUUCCACCAGCCGGGAGGGCGUUUGGAGCAGGGGCAGUAGCUGGAGCGAGGAGCUCUCUUCUCCCCUGCGCUUUGUCAGGGCUGUUUUAAAAGCAUUGCUUAGACACAGGGGGGCUUUUCUGAUUCCCAUUAACACUAAAUGCCCCUUUCCCUUGGAGUCCCGCAGAGCUGGGGGGGGCCCCGUCCUCUCACCCUGCCCUGCCCAGAGGGAUGCUCAGAUCCAGGAACCCCCCGGGUACCUUGUCUCACAGCCACUGCGCUGCUGCUGCUUUUUCUUUCUGUUCUGGGUUUGUCUGAAUAAAAUUCAUCUGUGACUGCG